GCCCGGGCGGCCGGCGAGCAUGGAGGAGAAGUACCUGCCGGAGCUGAUGGCCGAGAAGGACUCCCUGGACCCCUCGUUCACGCACGCCCUGCGCUUGGUGAACCAAGGAAGUUUCAGUGUACCAAAUUUUGUUGACUCUUCUAACUAUGCUAAAGAAAUAGAAAAGUUUCAAAAAGGAGAAGGAAAGGACGAAGAGAAGUACAUUGAUGUGGUGAUUAAUAAGAACAUGAAGCUGGGACAGAAAGUGUUAAUUCCUGUAAAACAGUUCCCUAAGUUCAACUUCGUGGGGAAGCUUUUGGGUCCACGUGGCAAUUCUCUGAAGCGUUUACAAGAAGAAACCUUGACAAAAAUGUCCAUCCUUGGAAAAGGUUCCAUGAGAGACAAGGCAAAGGAAGAAGAGCUGCGGAAAAGUGGAGAAGCCAAGUACUUCCACCUCCACGAUGACCUCCAUGUCCUCAUCGAGGUCUUCGCCCCGCCGGCGGAGGCCUACGCCCGCAUGGGCCACGCCUUGGAGGAGAUCAAGAAGUUCCUCAUCCCUGACUAUAAUGAUGAAAUCAGGCAAGCGCAGCUCCAGGAACUGACGUACUUGAACGGCGGCUCCGAAAAUGCAGACGUGCCGGGCGUUCGGGGGAAAUCCGCCUUACGCACAAGAGGUGUGCCAACCCCCACGAUAGCCAGGGGAAGGGGAGGAGUCACAGCCCGGCCGGUUGGAGUUGUGGUGCCUCGAGGGGCGUCAGCUUCCAGGGGAGUCCUUUCCACCCGAGGGCCAGUGAGUCGUGGAAGAGGACUUCUCACUCCCAGAGCAAGAGGAGUCCCCCCGACUGGGUACAGACCUCCACCGCCACCCCCAACACAAGAGACCUAUGGAGAUUAUGACUAUGAUGAUGGCUAUGGCACUGCUUAUGACGAUCAGAGCUAUGAUUCCUAUGAUAACAGCUAUAGCACCCCAGCCCAAAGCGGUGCUGACUACUAUGACUACGGACACGGGCUCAGUGACGAGACGUACGACUCCUACGGGCGAGAGGAGUGGACCAACUCAAGACACAAGGCGCCGUCGGCGAGGACGGCGAAGGGCGUCUACAGAGACCAGCCGUAUGGCCGAUACUGAUUGUACUGUCUGAUGUUGUGAAAUAGCCCAUCUCCACCCGUCCUGUAUACUGUUCAAAGUAAUUGUUUUCUAUGAACAAUCCCUUUUUAAAUAAAUCAAAAUGCUUAAAAUCUGAAUGGAUGGAACUCAAAGCUACUUUGUGGAAACAUCAACCUGGGCAGAAAGAAAGAAAAAAAAAAAGACAUGUAAAAUUUUGUUAUUUCCAGUCUGUAUAUGAAAAAAAUAGGUCAUCAAAAGGAAAAAAAAUAACUUUGAUUAACUAGUGUUAAACAAAAAGAUAGGUUUACUAAAUAUGUUAAUCCAUCCUUUAACAUAAGCCUCACCUUUCAUUUUAAAGGUUUCCAUAGAGUUUAGUUAUUUUAUCUUUUGGCCAUGUGCUGGUUUUUUCCUUUCUUGCCAACAUGGGUAAAAAGGGAAGGCAAUUACAAGUGCAGAUAAUGUGGUAUUUCUUUUGUAACUCGAGUCCUGAAAUGUUCUGUAGUGUUAAGCAAACUUUCCUCUUGCUUGAUACUAAAUAAACUUUUGAAAGAAA